AUGAAGGGAAUUACCAAACAGCAACCACCACGAGCCUUCAGCAGAAGGCAUCAUGCUGAGCGCUAUCAGCUUGUGCCAGUCACCAGAGCAGCACAUGCCACCGAAUGCUUGGCAGCAAAAGGAACAAAGAGGGAGCAAACCCUGAGCUCGGACCUGCAAACACAGAAGCAUCAGCGAGCUCAACAGGUCCGCAGGGCCUUCACCCCAACCCCACACACGUCACCUCCCCACGCCCGACCCGGAGGAGCUCCGAGGGCAGAAGGUGACAUCGGGUCGCCGCUGCCAAGGUCAGAGCGGCCCCACGUGCAGCGGGACACGCCGGACUCAGUCCCGGCAGGCUGCGGCGGCUGCUCAUCGCCAGCCAACCGGCGUAGAAGGGUGCGCGUGAACGGCCACCUCCGGCGCGCUCGGGACGAGGGGAGGAACCGAAGGAGGAACGGAGGAAGCCCGCACCCGCCGCUCCGAGCCGAGCCCCGGGUCCGCCCGGCGCCGCAGGCCGCGGGGAGCCGGCUGCCGCCCAGGACUCGCUCCGCUCCGCGCCUUCGCCUCCCGCCUCAAGCUCUGGGAAGCGGACAAGGCCGGCCCACCCCCCCCAGUCGCCGCCACUCACCGCAGCGCCCAACCGCCCCGCCGCCGCCCUUAUUUAGGCGACGGGGAGUCCAACCCUACGGGAAAAACUACUUAACGUGGAGGUUUACACCGUUCGAAGCUCUGCUGGGGCCCCAAGACCACAACCCCGACGUCACCCCGCCCAUCCACGGCAGCGGGGCCGGGCGGAACGCCGUGGCGCGGAACGCUCGGCGCAGCUCCCGUUCCCGGCCGGCGGCGCUGAACGGACGACGCGCCUGCGAGCGCCGCGCCGAGGGCGGCAUGUGGGGUCGCUUCCGCGGCUCCGGCCGCCUCCUCUUCCUCGCCGGGGCAGCGCGGCGCUGCGGGCGGCCUCACAGCAGACUCUUCAGCACUAGUAGUGUGCUCUCUACUACAAAAGAUGAAUCUACUGCUUCCACAGACAGCACCACCAAAGCGGCAUCAAAGGAGGGUGCAGCAGAAACACCAAAGCAAAAAUUGCUAAAAAUUAUUGGUGAUAUGAAAGUAGAAGUGACCACCAAGAGGAAAUUUCAAGAAUUAAAAGAACAGGAGAUCAAAAAGCAAGCCACUAACAAGCAGGAAGGCCUGGACAGUGAAAGUAGCACAUUUCAAAAUACUGCAGAAGACGUUCAGCGAAGCAAACCUUUAAAUCCAGAACUGGUGCAGGCUGCAUCUGCCGUUGCAUCUUCUUUCCCACGCAGCAAGGAACAGGCAGAAUCAGAAUUACUUGCACAACUUAGAAGACAUGAAGAGACCACAGAUAAACAGAGAAGGGGAGGAACUAUUAACAUACGCAAUGUUAUUUCGGAAAUGGCAGUUAAGAGGCAAUCCCCAGCUCAGAGAGGUGUGAGGAUAUCCAGUCGCAUCUCCUUGGAGAUGGAUGAAGAUGGUCAAAGAAUCAAGCUUGGAAGAUCUCUCUCCUUUGACUCCGGAAGAAGUCUUAAAGCAGGAAAAAGGCUUAAUAUAUUCACCAAGGCUUCUCCAGAAACGGAAAAUGCGCUGAAAACAGUAUCUUCACCAACAAUUUGGGAUCUGGAAUUUGCGAAGGAGAUUGCAGCAGUAACUGAGCAGCCUCCCCGGAAUGGUUUUGAAGAGAUGAUCCAGUGGACAAAAGAAGGAAUACUGUGGGAGUUUCCAAUUGACAAUGAAGCAGGGAUGGAUGAUGAUGCUGAAUUUCAUGAACAUAUCUUUCUGGAGAAACACCUCAAAGACUUUCCCAAGCAAGGACCUAUUCGCCACUUCAUGGAACUGGUCAUCUGUGGGCUUUCAAAAAACCCAUACCUCAGUGUUAAGCAGAAGAUUGAACAUAUUGAGUGGUUUCGAAAUUAUUUUGAGGAAAAGAAGGAAUUUCUUCAAGAGAUUUGAGACUUGGGAAAGUGCUUAACCUUGAAGUGAAGAAAAUGUGCAGUAGUCAUGUGAUCUGAAAGUUGCAUUUUUAAUAAUAAAGGCUGUACUUCUGUGUGUGUA